AUGCCAAAUACAUAUAAACGGACGUCGCAGCAGCAGACAUGGGACCCGGUUGUGAUGGAAAAAGCUAUAAGAGUUGUAAGAAAAGAAGAAAUGGGCUUCCUUACCACUAGCAAAGAAUUCAAAGUUCCUCGGUCGACGCUGAAACAACGUGUAAAAGGAAUAAACAAAGAAGCUGUAGAAAAUAUUAAAGUAUUGGAGUCUCGCCGUCCAUUUUUUAGUGCAGAGCAAGAAGAAGAAUUGGUGCAACACAUUUUAGGAAUGGAAAAGCGAUUUUAUGGAUUAACUUUGCAGGAUGUAAGGAGACUUGCCUAUCAGUUGGCUGAACGCAAUAAUAUAAAACACAAUUUUAAUAAAGAUACUCAAAUGGCUGGAAAAGCCAAACUAUCCACCUCAUCGUAUUUUUGA